AUGGACAAAGAAAAGAGGGGAGAAAGACUCCAGGACGAGGCCGAGCUGCAAAACGCUCAAGGAAAGGAUGUAAAGUGUGAUGAAAAACAACCUCGAUGUGGCCAGUGUGAAAGAAGGGAUGGGAAUUGCCACUUGAAGGAUUCCAUCUUCAAACAGCAUGUCUUCUCCCCAGUUGAAGUCUCUCACAUUGAAGCAGCUCGAUCACCGAACGUCGAGUUAAACAAUCAACCGAACGAUCCAGCAUUUGAUCUUCCAGCGAGCUUAGAGGAACAAAAUAACAUUGCCGCGUCGGAUGAGGUUCCACUGCUUCAGCCUAACAACACGUCCAAUUCACCCCGCUCACACGCACUUCCACCGCCCAGCACAUUACCAAGCAGCCUCUUCUCUACAGUUCCCAUUGCUUUCCCCCAUCACUCGGAUGGUUUGCUCUUUGAACAAAACAUAUCAACGUCAAGCCCUAGUGAAGCACCACGCUCGGAACAUGGCCCGUGGCGGCAGCAUAGUAAGCCCCUAUCCUACGUGUCUCCCGCGUUUUCACUAAUAGCUGCAGUUCCCGACACGUUUCCAAACCCACAAACCAUUACCGAUGAUGAUUCUCAAGAACCUACAGUUGAGUCAUUGAAGGAUACCCAACAAGAGCUGUUUCUCCUCCGACAUUACUCAGAAUGCAUAGCACCAUGGAUGGACUUACUUUACCGGUAUGAGGUCUUCAGUCGUGAAGUUCUAACCUUGGCUCGCGAGCAUUCAAUACUUCGAUAUGCAGCGUGUGCGGUAGCCGCAAAGCAGCUAGGUCAGAUGAAUCAUCCGAUCCCAGCUCUUUGCGGCAAAAUCCAACAAAGUAUCGCGACUCGGUGUUUCCGCGGAAGGUCUGGAUUUAUUUGGUACGGCAUCAAAUAUUAUGAAAAGGCCAUUCGAACACUAGUUAAAUCCAUCACCCCCAAAGAUCAACAAGCGCCACACAUGGCUCAAACUCAGUCGAGUGAUGACCAUGCUUCCCCCGCUGUUUCUCUGUCGCAGGGAGAUUUAAUGGUACGCGCCGAAGGCGAGGACCCAAUCGUCAGGCUUCUGGGUACCUGUAUUCUUAUUCAGUACGAAGCUUUAAGCGCCAACCGAGACGCCUGGUCUGGACAUCUGACUGGUUUCUCCAAGCUUCUUGACUUGAUCGACGCUGGACAGUUACUUAACCGCCAUCCCAUUUUCGAGCAAGUUUACCCGUGGACAAAAAGCAUUAUGGAAGUUAAGGCCGGCUUUUGGAACUUUGUCGCCAACGACUUAGAGCAGUCUUUCGUUGCUCAUCGCCAGACUCGUGUAGAUACAGAGAAUCUUGCACUAUGGAGAAAUAUGGGACUCCUCAUCGAAGAUGAUGGGUCACUCAGCCUAUUCGAUGGUCAGUAUAGUCUAUCAUCAACACCCGAGCAUGCAAGGGAUAAAGUCCUCUCAUACACCUUGAUUCGCUUAUUAUGCAAGUUGAUCGAUUAUGUGGCGCCUAUCCCACCGAUGGGUCAGAUUCCAACACAAGGCUCUCCAAGCAAUCUUGAUCCUAUCAGAGACAAAUUCGUACAUCUCGAGAGUCAGUUUGACAAUUGGUACCGAAUCCUCUCUCCGUCUUUCCAUCCGGAUGGGAAGUUCUCCACUAUGGAGCAGGAUCCCAAGACGCCCGGAGGUUCUGGGCUCUUCGAUAACGCUCUUUGGUUCAGUAAUGAUCUCUGCUCGACAACAAUGAUGUAUUACCACAUGGCUCGCAUGUUGCUCAUUACCCAUCGGCCAGUUAGACUGUUGUCGGGGGAUCACGCUCUGGGUAAUACGUUACCAGUUGAUCUGUUGUCUACCUUCAGGGAGAUGGAGAAAGGACUGAAAGUCCACGCUUCAGAAGUGAUCGCAAUCAUUCGCGGAAAUCCCUGCGACGCCGUCAAACUAAGAUCAAUUCAGCCGCUAUAUCUAGCUGGCCGAAGUUGUACAACAAUGAGUGAUCGGAGGAUUCUUGUAGACAUGUUUAGGGAUAUCCAGAAUGGGUUGGGUAUUGCAACUGGAUAUAGAGUUGAGGCUUUACUACAAGAAUGGGGAACAUCGUACGAGGAACUACAAACACAACCAUUGCCAGCUUCCGAGGAUCAUCAUGCACCACAGCAAUAA